AUGCAGCUCAUAUCACUCACGUCCGUUGUGCUGGCAUCCUGGGCUAUCCAGCAAGCCACCGCUGUGCCCGAGAUCCAAGAGAACACCAACAUCAUUACCGUUGCCCAGAGUGUCCAAGAGAAGCACCCCGAAGCAUUCGCUGCUUUCCAGAAGUCGAACCUCAUCAAUCUCGUGGCGACUACCGAGAAGCGACAGGAGGUUCCCGGGGAUGGAAACCCCGACCCCAACAGACCGCCGGUGAUUCCCGACAACAUCUUCCUGCUUCAAUGCUCCGAGGCCGGUUUCCUUGGUGAAUGCCUUUCCUGGGGCGCUCCUCCCGGACGAUGCGUCAACUACUCUAGCUUCAACAAGACUCAGGCUUUCCUGGACAAGUACGAGAAUCAGACUACUUCUUUGAGCUCAAACACAGGCGGACUUUGCCAGUUCUACAAGUUCAUCAACUGCAACAACAAGGGUGACGACCGCGGUGUUUCGCUCGGCUACAACUACAAUCUCGCCGUGGCAGAUGAUCAGGGCUACUCGGGAGACUAUGACAACCAGAUCAGCUCUUGGAGAUGCUGA